AUGCAUCCUGGGGGAGCGGCGCAGGGCUCUCAGAGCGAAGGCAGAGCGGAGUCCACGGAGCCAGAGCCCUCACACGUAGGGGACCCUUGCGCACAGGGCCCGGACCAGCCGCAGCUCAAGGUCAUGAAGGCCUUCCUGAGAUCACCCAGAGAAAAGGAGCAUCGCUCUCGGUGGGGCGCAGGGAGACCCAAGCCGGGGAGGCCGGGACUCAGUCCCGCCUGUGAGCUGGGCCGGCGCUCGGGGCUGAAGGAGCUGGGUGCCCGCGCUCCAGGCUGGCUGGCGGCCCUGCGGGGCCCCUGCCUCUGCGUGAAGCACACUGCCUUUGGUCGGGGUCCCCGUCUCUGUGGACUCCACCCGGGUUUCCAUGCUCAGGGUCACCUCUGCCUCUGGACGGCUUGUUCUUUGCAGAGUGUUCAGAACGACUUGCAGGCACUCCUGGGAAGCCAGAGGUCCUGGCGCCGUCUGCCCUCAGCCCCGCCGCAGGCCCUGGCCCUGCGCCUGCCCCAAUGCUCCCCGCAGCCGCAGGAGGCUGUGCUCCCCGAAGACGAAUCCCAGUGCCGGCAGGAGAAUGUUUCUCCCUUGUCCUGGGUCUUCAGUUUGGGGCAGGACAGAGCAUUCAGCUCAGGAAGCAACUGCACUGCAGCGUCUGGAAGUGUGAAGUCGGGCAGCCAGGACCAGCCCAGGGCUGCGGGUCCCCCUUCUGCUGACUUGCCCUGUGGGCCUCACACUGUGGCCCAGACCACCAGCCAACGGCGUGAGCUGAACUCCUGGCCUCGGUUACCCUGUGUGUCCAAAAACAAUUUGCCUUAUGUAACGCGAAAGCUGGAUUCAGAUAAACAGAGAAAACCCUUUGACGUGAAGUUAUUAAUAACAGUCAACACCAGUGGCAAGCACUUAGGAGCGCCCAUCCGUGUCUUAGCACGUGACCUGGUCACUGGGCUGCUCGAGCACGUCCACCUGCUUCCAUCAGCACCGGUCCUUGGAGCCGGGUGACCCGCAGGCGCUCAGCAUGGCCGGUCCACACCGAGACGUGCUGAGUGCAAAACACACUCCGGAUCGCCAGGGCUGCGUGAGGAACAUGUGGAACGGCUCAGGGAUCCAUCCUGCACUUCUUGGAUAUAUUGGGCAA